AUGGCAACGAGACUGAGCUCACUGAGCCCAAGAAACUCGGAGAUAAGCGCUCUUGAGGAGCGAGGGUACAUCAUCGGGAAGAAGAUUGGACAGGGAUCCUAUGCCACGGUACACCUCGCUGAAUAUGUUGCCGGCAGCGGAACGAAGAAAAUGCGCCUCGCGUGCAAGAUAUUCGACAGGGAAAAAGCGCCCAGUGAUUUCCUCGAUAAAUUCUUUCCACGUGAGCUCGAGAUUCUGACGAAAAUCGAAAACCCUCACAUCAUACAAGUCCACAGUAUCCUCCAGCGCGGGCCCCGAGUCUUCAUCUUCAUGCGCUGCGCCGACAACGGGGACCUCCUGGACUACGUCCUCCGCCACAAACUCGUCCCCGAGCAGCAGUCCCAGACGUGGUUCCGUCAGAUGGCCUCGGGCCUCCACUACCUCCACUCCAAGAACAUCGCGCACCGCGACCUCAAGUGCGAGAACAUCCUCCUCUCCCGAAAGUUCCACGUGAAGCUCGCGGACUUCGGCUUCGCCCGCUUCUGCGUGGACUCGGAGAACCGCCGGAUCCUCAGCCACACGUACUGCGGCUCCGCGGCCUAUGCAGCACCGGAAGUCGUCUCCGGCACACCGUACAACCCGAAAUUGGCGGACGUCUGGUCCCUCGGGAUCAUCCUCUACAUAAUGCUCAACGGGACGAUGCCCUUCAACGACGACAAUCUCACGAAAUUGCUUCGCGAUCAGAUGUCCAAGAACUGGGUUUUCGGGUCAAGAAUACAGGAAACUGUCUCGUCAACGGCUAAAAGCGUUGUACGUCACAUCCUCGAGCCGGAUAUUACUCAGAGGUUCACCCUUGAUAAGGUGCUAUCGCACGAGUGGGUGCGGGGUAGGAGGGAUAAAUCGUCGAAUGGGGGUAAGAGCAUCCAUUCUGCUCAGCAGUCGCAGGUCAUGGGGAUGAGACUGUUCAAAAAUGCGGAGAAAUUGCAGGAAAAUAGCGCAAAGUCUUCUAAGGAUGCGGCGCACAGUGAGAACUCACAGAAAAGAGAGAGCAAAGUCUGA